AUGCUUGGCAUUAAUGGUAAAAGACUUGCUGUUGUCGCAUUGAGGAGACUGAACUCUACUCUAGCGUUCAUAGAGACCUCGGGUUCUACCAUAACUCCUGCCUCGUUCGCAACUCUGACAGCUGCGAAGCAGAUUGGAAACCCCAUAACCGCCCUUGUCGUGGGAUCCAAAGCUGCCGAGGCAGCCACAAGCCUGAAACAGGUCUCGGCCCUCUCCAAAAUCUUGGUUACUGCUGAUGGUAGAUUUGACCAUCUGCUCCCAGAAGAUCUAUCUGCAUUGGUGGUAGACAUCGUUCAGAAGGAUUCUGAUAUCACGCACGUUUUGACUCCAGCUUCUGCCGUUGGAAAGAACUUUUUGCCACGUGUUGGUGCCUUGUUGGACUUGCAACCCAUCUCUGAUAUCACCAAGGUUGAAUCCAAGGACACUUUCGUCAGACCGAUAUAUGCCGGUAACGCUUUGGCCACGGUGAAGUCCAAAGACAAGGUGAUUCUUGUUUCUAUUAGAGGGUCUUCAUUUGCCCCAGUUGAGCUUAGUGAUGCCCAAGAGGUUGAAGUUGUCUCUGUUAAAGCCCCAGAGGCUGGCAACAAAGCCGAAUUUGUUAGUGAAGAACUAAUUACAUCAGAGAGACCAGAUUUGGGAUCUGCUGCAAGAGUUGUUUCUGGAGGUCGUGGUUUGAAGUCUAAGGAGCAAUUUGCAGAGUUGAUUGAGCCUCUGGCUUCCUCCUUGAAUGCUGCAAUUGGUGCCUCAAGAGCUGCCGUUGACUCUGGGUUUUGCGACAACUCAUUGCAGGUAGGUCAGACUGGUAAAGUGGUUGCUCCAGAGUUGUAUGUGGCCGUUGGAAUUUCCGGUGCAAUCCAGCACCUUGCUGGUAUGAAGGACUCCAAAACUAUCGUCGCUAUCAACAAGGAUGAGGAAGCCCCAAUUUUCAGCGUUGCGGAUGUCGGAUUGGUGGGUGACUUGUUUGAGGUUGUCCCUGAGCUCACUAAGAAGAUUGAAGAUUCGAAAUAA